AUCCGCAAGUAAUAUUAAUGGGAAAGGGACUGCAAGUUGAAGGAUUUACACGAGUUUGGGUCCCCAUAAAAUGUGCAGCUCAAGCUAACAUCAUCUACUCCAAUGUCGAUUUUGCCGAUGCAAACCAGAUUCCCAUCACUUUGAGCUUCUGGAUCAGUUAGUGCGCUUGUGAUCCUCCUCAAGAACCUAAAUUAAGUGAUAUCGAAGUGGUAUUUGUGUACUUGUACGCCUAGAAACUGCAGUGAAAUCAUCUUCAGAGAUGGCUCUAUUAUCAAAGUUACGUUGUAUCACAUUGGAUGUUACUGGUACACUCAUUGCUUACAAAGGGGAGCUUGGAGACUACUAUUGCAUGGCAGCCAAAUCUGUUGGAUUGCCUUGUCCUGAUUACAAACGUGUUCAUGACGGCUUUAAACUUGCAUACUCAAACAUGGCAAAGAAGUAUCCAUGUUUUGGUCAUGCAGCCAAAAUGCCCAACAUUGUGUGGUGGAAGACUUGUGUGAGAGACUCCUUUGUCAGGGCAGGGUAUGAUUAUGAUGAGGAGACAUUUGAGAAGAUAUUCAGGCGCAUAUACUCAUCCUUUGGUUCAGCUGCACCUUACACAGUCUUUCCAGAUUCUCAACCAUUCCUAAGAUGGGUUCAUGAGAACGGUCUCAAAGUGGGGUUAGUUAGCAACGCCGAGUAUCGGUACAAGGAUGUGAUUCUACCAGCGUUGGGUUUGAAUGAGGGAUUGGAGUGGGAUUUUGGCUUGUUCUCUGGCCUUGAAGGUGUAGAAAAGCCGGACCCAAGGUUUUACGAGAUUGCAUUGGAGAGGGCUGGAAAUAUUGCACCAGAAGAGGCAUUACACAUCGGAGACAGCAUGCGCAAGGACUAUUUGCCUGCAAAGAGCUCGGGGAUGCACGCCCUGUUGUUGGACAGAUUUAAGACUCCUGAUGCCGAUAAUUGGAGGAAGUCUGGCGCGCCUGUUCUCCCUGACCUUGUGGCUGCACAGGCAUGGCUGGCUUCUGAAAUUUGAUUUGCUAAUAACCUUGUAUUUUCUGUAAUGCUGCUCAAUACAUACUGAUAUGAUGAUGUUGGAAAGAAAAGAAAGAUAUUCAUUCUGUGAUAUUCUAAGACAUAACAUUAGAUGUUCUGUCUGUAAUUUGUGUUCCUCAUUCUUGCAGUCAAAUAAGAAAGUUACUAAAAAGAUCAAUUGUCUGUUAGAGCAAA